GCGCAGGCGCAGUUGCUGCCGGAGUCGGCGUCUGAGCUGGGUCUGCGCCCGCCGGGAGCCGCGCCCGGCACAGCCCGCCCGGCCGGGGAUGCGCGCGAGGAGGCGGCGGGGCCGCCCCCGCCCGCAGAAGCUGUGGUUGAAAUGGAGCACUGAGGAGCUUGACCUUCUGUUUGUGGUCUGCAUGUGGACACUAAUGCUUGAAUAAACACAAUGAAAAUGCUACCUGGAGUGGGUGUUUUUGGGACUGGCAGCACUGCCCGAGUACUGGUACCUUUGCUAAGAGCUGAAGGUUUCUCCAUUGAAGCACUUUGGGGGAAGACUGAAGAAGAAGCAAAGCAGCUGGCAGAGGAAAUGAACAUUUCCUUCUACACAAGUCGGACUGAUGAUGUCUUGCUGCAUCAGGAUGUAGAUCUGGUUUGCAUCAACAUUCCUCCACCACUAACUCGGCAGAUUGCUGUGAAAGCCCUAGGUAUAGGAAAGAACGUGAUUUGUGAGAAAGCUGCUACUUCUGUAGAUGCCUUCAGAAUGGUUACAGCUGCCAGAUAUUACCCCAAGCUCAUGAGCAUUGUUGGCAAUGUCCUCCGUUUCUUGCCUGCCUUUGUCAAAAUGAAGCAGUUAAUAGAAGAACACUACAUAGGCAAUGUGAUGAUCUGUGAUGUACGUGUGUACUGGGGAAGCCUGCUUAGUCAUAAGUAUAACUGGAUCUGUGAUGAGCUAAUGGGAGGAGGUGGACUGCACACCAUGGGCACCUACAUUAUAGACCUCUUAACUCAUCUAACUAGCAGGAAGGCUGAGAAAGUCCAUGGCUUGCUUAAAACAUUUGUGAAGCAGAAUGCAGCUAUAAGCGGAAUCCGUCACGUCACUAGUGAUGACUUUUGCUUCUUUCAGAUGCUUAUGAGUGGUGGUGUCUGUAGCACUGUGACUCUCAACUUUAACAUGCCAGGAUCAUUUGUUCAUGAAGUCAUGAUUGUUGGGUCUGCAGGUCGCCUUAUUGCUCGUGGGACAGACUUGUAUGGGCAGAAGAAUACAGCACUUCAGGAGGAACUGCUCUUUACAGAUUCUCUGGCCAUCAAUGCGGGCCUUCUGGAAAAGGGGUUUAAAGACAUCCCAUUGCUCUACCUGAAAGGAAUGGUAUAUAUGGUGCAGGCACUGCGACAGUCUUUCCAAGACCAGGAAGACCGUCGGACGUGGGAUCACAAACCAGUCUCUAUGGCAGCCUCUUUUGAAGAUGGACUCUAUACGCAAAGUGUAGUAGAUGCCAUAAAGAAAUCCAGCAGGUCUGGGGAGUGGGAAACUGUGGAAGUGAUGACUGAGGAACCAGAUGCCAAUCAAAACCUUUGUGAGGCACUUCAAAGGAAUAACCUAUAAAUGGAAACGUUCAUGUGGCUAUUUUGGAAGGUGGAAUCAUUGAAAAUGUCCAGCUGUAGCUGUAAAAGUUUCUCCGUUUUCAAGAUAUGUAGAUUCUUAUUUAAUAUUUGUGUGGUUUUCAUGCUUGUGGGUGAAACAUGUCUUGCUCUAAUGAAACUGUUCUCUGGCAGAUUGUUCUGUUUUAAACUCCUUUGAAGAGGUUUUUUUUUUUUUAAUAUUUCUGUUUUUUAGAGCUCAAAUUCUGUUUUGGGGACUGUUGGCAAAACUUGAAUUGCCCUUUGCACUUGCAGUAACUAAAGUGACACAUGGAACCUUUGCCAUUUUAUUACUGACAGAUGGGACACGAUUCGUCUUGCACAUAAUUCAAUUAUUUUAACAGUUUUAACAUGUGAGCAAGCCCAGGAAGCCUGUCUAACUCACCAGCCCUUGUCCUCUCUAAUAGGACUGUUUACAGAUUUUUUUUAGAUUUAUUCCUUUGCUUGUAAAAUGGUUUGAAAGAGAAGUGUACUGAUGUGGCAAAUCUGUUCCUCACAAAAUUUGAGCUUCAGAAGGGGAAAAAUAAAGCUCAGGCUUAGUGUUCCUCACAUAGCUAGUGUGUUGAGCUUUUUUUUCAAAUUUAAUUUCAAUUGGUAUCCACAUUUAAAAAUAUCCUGUGGAUUCUCUAUUGCUGGUCUCUGCAGUCUGUCAGGUUUUGGAGUGCUAUGGUUAUGUUGGCUAUUGUUCCAUCCACAUGAAUGCUGUUCUUUCAUACCAGAUACUUGGAAAAGUAAUAUCUCCCAUCAUUUUUUUUUUAAAUCUCUACAUCUUCCUACCCCCAGAGCAGUUGUGAAUUGUGUUUGCUACUGGGCAGCACAGAUGCCAAAUUUAUUCUGAAAUGUUUUCAGCCCUGUGUUCUUUACUAAAGUCCUCACUGGCUUAUUAGGUGGUGUAUAUUGUUUGCUUAAUGUCACAUACGUUUGUUUGUUAAUGUGACAGAGAGUAACCUUCCAGGAAUUUAAAGGUGGAUGAAAAAAAAUAGAAACUAUUUCAUUGCCAUACUUUAGUGAUCCCUUUGCCAGCACAGUACACAAACCUUGCAAGCUAAAUAGUGGCAACUGAACUGCUAAGGUAGUGAUGAUCUUCAGUGUCUAAGCUUUUUAAUGAUGUAGACUGGAUAUUACCUCCUGUGUUCCCACACCCCUUUAUUUGUAUUAAGGGGAAAUUUUUUGCUGCUGGCAGAUUUUGAGUAGAAUUUGACUCCAUUCCAGUAAUGUCUUUUGGUUAAGCUGUCAUUAAGAAGGGGUAACAACAUUUUAAUUAAAUGCAUUUUGUUUACUUGAAUGUCUUUAUUGUUUUCCCACUAGAUUUUAACCCUUUAUAUUUAUGUAAAGCACUAACAUGCAAACAUAUGUUUCAUAAACCUGUUCUUUCUGAAGUGUCUCCUUUUAUUUCUACAGAAAUAACUGUUGUGUUUGAGGGCAUUCCUUCUUGCAGUUUGCUUGCUUGUUUUUAAAGACAAAAUGCACUCUUCUUCCCUCCUGCCUCAGGACUGUAGGGCAGGGCCUCACCCACACAUUACCAGGGAUGCACCAAUAAAGAUUUGCUUGGCUGAUACCGAUAGCUGAUGAUUAACCAGCCAUGUCAGUUGAUGCCAAUCCAAUAUUUGGUAAUAGUGCAAGCCAUUUUUAACUACUGACAUAAAUAAACCUUUUUUUGUUUAUUUUGCAUUUAUAACACACAUAUGCAUGCAUACAUGCCUCCUGCCUGCUCUAGCCCUUGACAAGGAAGGUGGUGACCACCUUAUUCCUACAUACAUCGUCUCCUUGCCCACGGCUUCUACCCGCAGCCCUGCUCCCCGCACAGCCUGUUCUACUAUCACAGGUGCACCAGGCAGACCCUCAUGUGCACAAAGGUGCCGGGCAUGUUUGGAGCCCCAGAGCAUGCUGCUGCCUCAGUGCUGGUGACCUCCGCACAGCCGAGCUCCUGCAGCCAUUAGGGAGAAUCCACUUUUGCAAAGGCACCCAGUGCCCAAUGGAGUGGAAUGUACCUCGCACGGUACCAUACCCCACCCACGUGCAGCCCAACAUCUCUGUGGCGGCCCUAGUGCUCAGGCUGCAUGCACGAUGUCAUGGGAACAUAGUCCCUUUGUUGCUGAGCAUGGUGCCCUAUGACUGCUCCCUGGCAGCCCCUUCCCUUGCUGCUUGCCGGGACCCGUAGUCUGCCGCGGGCUCAGGCUAGCAGCAGGGUGUGGGGACUGGACUAUGCUCACCAGGGUGCUCCAGGCACACGGCUGUAAUUAUUGGCUAUAACGACCAAAAAAACCCAAGAGCCGAUAAUGUAAUUUUUCCUUUUAUCAAUGCUGAUCUGUUAGCCAACCAAUAUAUCAGUGAACCCCCACACAUUACAUAUGUUAGAUAAUUAAACUGGUAAAUCAUGCAAUAAAUUUAGCCUGGUCAUGUGCAAAAUAAUUACCUAGCCAUAAAAAUGGCUAUCCAGCUAUAAAAAGAGUCAACCAGCUUACAAAUUUAGCACUUAAAAAUCUGUAACAACUUUGUAGCUGGUUUCUAUCUAGCUUUAAUUUGAACAUGUGGCAUGGCCCUAGGAAGUUACUAUUUUCAAAUUGCCAGUAUAGACUUCUUUGCAAUGUUGUAUUUCAUGACAGUGAACAACACUUAGUUGUUACAUUGCAGAGAUGUCCAAGGAGAUCGGCUAGUUACUUGUUAAGAAACAUCUGUCUUUGUACUGCUGUGUUUAGUCUGAAGUCGGGCAGAAGGCAGGGUAGAGUGGCACCAUAGGCACUAACUGGUUCAGAAAGGCUUGAGUUUUCAUAGUCAACAACUUACUUUGGCAGAUACUAGGAAUCUUGCUAUGAAACCUCUUGCUUCUUUGAGCCAGUUAGCCUGAAAGGCCACACUGCCCUACCUUCUGCCAGAUUAGUAAAUAGAAUAUGGAAAGGGAAGAGGUUCCUUAGAAAGAUCAGGAAAAGGGACUAAUCAUAGAGUUGUUACAUCUCAUCAUGUUCGUAGGUAUAUUAAAUUAGAGAGAAUUCCAGUCUCAUCUCUCUUUCCCUGUUGUUCCCUUGCUCUUCACUGGGAUUGUGUGCUUUCACAUGUCAUUUUCCUUAGGCCAUGAAGCUAGAGAGCAGCUGGCUUUAAUGUAAUCACACCAUUCCUGCCCUGCUUUACGCAUCUCCUUUUGCAACUAAUGGGUUCUCUGCUUCCUCUCUACCUUCGUGCAACCUUUAGUGGAAAAACAGGUGAGAAGGAAAAAUGCCACAUUCUUUGUCCAAACUGAAUUCACUGUUCAGUUCAUGAAUUUAAAUAAUCCUGUGUGCUUCUGACAUGUUAAAGGUCUGAUAUGUCAUUUUAAAGUUGGGGUGGGGUUGAACUGUUUUUCUGGGCUACUAGCAUAUGCAAUAUCUUGCAGUGUCAGGAGACACUGUUUUCUUUCCUUGCAGACACUUAUUGUAUGUAGCUUGGAUGAGCCACCCAGAUGGCUUGCAGUCCCCCACGCUGUUUCCACUAGACUUAAGAAUGCUUAAAUUGAAUGCAUAUUAGAUUCCAUUUAUAUAGACCAGUAGGUUUCAGUUGAAUCAGAAGGAAAAUGAACUGUGCUUUGGUCUUAGGAAAUCUAUUUUCAUUUGGGAGAAAAGUCAUUCUAAUUAGAAGAUACUGAAUAGAAACUUUGUUUUUUAUAUCAUUUACCCUCCAGAACAUAGGUCUUUUUAUUUUAUCUGUUGAGCCUUCAGUCUUUUUACAGUUAGCUACAUGUAAACAAGCCAUAACAGCAGCUUUGUCCUUGAAGGUCUAACAUUAUUUCACUGAUGUAUUUCACAUGUUAUUUCACAUUAUGUCACGUUAGAUGUAUUUGAACCAUCAGAAUCAUCCCCAAACUCCAUUAGAGAUGUCUAGUUCUGCUCCUUAAUGAAAGAGCAGCUCUGCAUUUGAAGCCAUCAUCUGGGCUAUUUAAACAUAAUUCCUCAGUGUUUCAGUCCUUUAUAAAUGUGUUCAAAUAGAAAAUCCAAAGCUUAGCACCAGUUACCUGAUGGUUUCUGUUUAAUUGUAGUCUUUCUAAUUUCAUGGUUAAACUGAAAGAACUUGACAUUAUGUGAAGUGGGCUACUUUCAUCUAUCCAAUCUUCUCUAAAUUUAGCCAAUGCAAGGAUCGGCUGAGAAAAAGGAAAGGGCCCAGAAAGCAAGGUGAAAAAGAAUUAACUAACACCUGUUUUCUUGACUACAUCUCAACAUAAUUUUGGAAAUUGAUAUUCCAUUGCAAAUGAAGCUUUGUGCCCCAUGGGGAACAUGGGAAAACUGCUUUCAUAGCACUACUUACUUUCAUAGCACUACUUUCAUAGCACAUUCAGGAAUGCGUGGUGCAUGUCCUCUAAUAGGAAUUGCGUCGUACUUGGGCUCUGUAAUUCUCAUUAAAGAAUUGCAAGUAAAGGAAAUAGUUAAAAACAACAAAGAGUUGCCUUUUAAACCUAUUGUACAGUUUUGCUAUUGAAUAGUAAAAGAGUUUUUCAAAAGAAUGCACUGGCCAGGUUAGCAAAGCUUGGUCCUAUUUAGGGAAGUUUUCUCUGCUUUUGGCUGCAUGCAGGAUAGCCAACCUGGACGUGCAGUUAUAAUGUUUAUUCAGGAUCUGUGCCCUAGAGUAAUGACUACAGAAUAACUGGCAUGUUCUAUUUAAUUCUGUAAAUCAUUGCUCUGUAGCAACCUCUGCUGGUGAGAAAGCAAAGGAUUUUUAUAGGUUUUUGAACAAAAGUUUAUUCUUUAUCAGGUAUGGUUUGAAUAGUUCUCAUUCAGAUUGGGAGUCGGUGGCAGCAACUCACACUUUUUCCAGACUGAAAUUUGGCACCUUACCAUCUGUCUAAAUAUGAAAAUGAUCCAGAAUAUGGUGGAGUUUAAAUGUUAAGUGGAAUAUGUGUCCCAGAUUAGCUGUGUGGAUGUUCUCAUUCUAGAAUACAGCUAUGGUUUUUACAUUUUUUUCCCCUGGUGUAGCUUAGUGCAUUUAGUGGAUUAACCCUACCUCUGCUGUAUUCUGGAUUCAUUUUCAUAUUUAGACAAAUCCGAAGGCACCAGAGCUUGUGAAACUCCAGAGCUACAGCCAUUAAUGCCAAAUGUGAAAUAAGCAUUCACACAUGUAGUUAAUCUGGAAUAAAUCUAUGUAUAAAAAACUCCGAAGGCCUUUUUGUUUUACAUAAGUUUAAAUGAGCUUUCAGAAAAAAAACACGUGUGUUUAGCAAGCUGGGUUUAUUCAGUCCAUAGAGUCAUAGAAAGUUAAGAGUUGGAAGGGACCUCAGGAGGUCAUUUAGUCCAACCCCUAGUCCAGUUCAAGAACUUCAUAAUGUAGCUAUAUAAGAGAGAUCUGCUGUCAGAUAUGUAAGUCUGAAUUCCUAUCCCUUUCACCUACUUUCUGAAUAGAUGUGAAAGUUACCAAGGAUUUCCUGUCCAAAUGUAGCUGCUGGUAGCAUGUACAAAUGGUUGGUCAAAAUUGGUAGAGGCAAAGCAUUUCCAUGGCCACUUACUUGUCUUCCUGGUGGGUUUCCUCCGUCUCCAGCUACACUGCUGAAAGCAGCAGCAUCUUUUGCUUAUCUUCCUUCCUACAGAGCUUCAGAGCAAGAAGAACUAGUGAAGGAGGAAAAGGAGGAGCUCCUUCCCAGGAAAAGCUAAAAGGGAAAGUCUGAAAAGGCUGUUACUGUGCCGCUCUCCUGAGGUGCUGGGGUGGUUGGCCCACUCUGCCCUACCCAUUCCAAUGGGGCCAUGUGCCCAUUUACUAUUGCCAAGCUUGAGUUAGGACUGAGCAGCUUGGAGCCAGACAACCUUUUUCAGUCUCGUUAGCCCUAUAUCAUCUCUAGAAAUGAGCAGGACAAAGUCCCACAUCUCCCAGGCAUUAAGGAAAGGAUCAGGCUCAUAGAGGUUCACAAGGUGACACUGGAAGCUUGGUAUACUCUUGUGUCUCUACUUCAUCCAGAAGUCUUAGCUUGGCUGAACAGGGUUUUUUGCAGCUUUAGUAUAUUACUCUGGAGUUGAUGCUUCCACUUCUCUCCCCUCCAGUGUCUCCAAGUACGGCUGGUCUUCCCUUGAAUUCUACAGCAAGCUUCUUGGAGCUCAGGGUUCUCAAACUGGCUCACAGGUUCUCAGAGAUUUUCUCUCCUCCCCCAGGUCCCAUCCUACUCAGCUCAUGAUAGCAUCAGUCGUGCUGACUGAUUUGAAUGGGCCUGGUAGACCUGUAGUAUUUUUGCUUUGGCAAGAAUCCAACACCCUCUUGUACUUGGUGAGCUUGCCAGGUCCUGCAGGCCUGUGGCUGUCUGAAUUGCCCAGCAUACUGGCUAAGCCAGAAAUUUUCCCUUCCCAGGAAAGUCUGUCUACUAAAAAAUGUUCAGUUGUGACAUUGCCUGGUCCUGCCUUCCCUCAGCCCACCUAUUUGUGUGUAGUUCACAAGGCAGCAUCCAGGUAAGUCCUUCCUGUGAUAUUAAGGUCUGCAUCCAAUACUUCCCUGCCCUACUGGCUGCUUUCCCCAGUGAAGCUUCAUGCUCCCUCUUCGCUCAUCCACUGGCCCCUGACUAUAGGGGGUUUGUACACUUCCCUAUAUCCAUAUGGCCUCAAAUUCUGCAGAUUCCAGUCACUAGGAAGCCUUAAAUAGGGCAAAACACUGCAUAUUUAGGAACACUUGCAGAUUGAUUCGUCUUGCCUAUGUGCCAGAACCUUAGCUCAGGCUUCUGUAUUUCCUCCCCAAAAGCUGAAGGUGUCUCAAGCACUUAAUGUAGAACAGGGAAGUAGGCUCUGUACCUUGCUUUGGGGCAGGGCUGGGUAACUUAUGGCCUGCAGGCUGGAUCUGGCCUGCAGUGGCAUGGGGGAUCAGUGGCACACAGCUUGCCCUGGCAUCUCCCCGCUUCUCUGCUCCACACCCUACUGCCAAGCCCCUAGCAGUGUCACCCCUGCUGCCCCCUCUUUGCCCAUUGCAGCUCCCUGUCACGGUUGAAUCUGGGCCUCCCCACUGCCAGUGGGGACAGGGAUUGGCAGCACACAACAGAGGCUGCAGCAGGUGGCUUGGCCUCUCCAGAGGGGGGUGGCAGCCCAAUGGCCUCCUGCUUUAAAAGGUUGCUGACCCCUACUCUAGGAUAAGCUAUGACUGGAUUUCUGGGAAAGCCCAGAACUUUUCAUGGUUAAAAGGUUGCCAUCCCCUUCCUAAUGAAACUAUUCAGCACUGAUAUUGGGGAGAGCAGUUAAAGCCUUGAGAAUGGAUUGCAAAAAGCAGUAGAAAAGUUCAGUGGUUUUCAUGCGGUGCAUCAGGAUCCUAUGUCAUGCUGUGUGAAUCAGACUACUGUACUCUGUGUGUGUAGAGGGGGGAGGCAAGAAGGAUUUUUUAAACCAUACUUCCUUUCUAGGACUAUGUUCUUCACACUUAGUGCUUGGUAAUGCUGGAGGUGCAGCCCCUGAACUGAUCUAAGCCUGCCUUUUCCAUACCAAAGCCUAUUAAAUGAGAGCUCUGGAUCAGCCAAAGGCAAAGGAAGCUGUGCACCUUUCAUUGGAGGUCUCCCAUAGGGGUCCUUCAGCAGCAGCUCUUGUGACUUGCAUCUCCCUGCCCGCGGUUUCUGAUGUCACUCCCCAGGCCUGUGAUGCAUCUGUGGCAUGGCACUGCACAGCAAGGGCUAAAUUAACAUGAGUGUUUAAUCCUUAUACCUUUCAAGCAGGCACUACUACAGUGGAGCAUGGCAGGACUGGCAGUGACUUGUUUAACCUCCUCUGCAUUCUGGAUUGUUAUAUUUUAUAGGCCUUGCUCUGAAUGCUAAAGUGUAGCUCGAAUCUGUUUGCAAAUGAUCUGAUCUACAUCUGUUUACUAUUUGUGUGAUCUGUAAAUAGGGGAUGGAUUGCUACUGUAUUUAUUUAGCUCAAUGUUUUUUACUGGCAUUUUUUAUAUUUAAUUAGGACUGUUGUGAAGCAUAUGAACUCUUCAUUAAAAUAGUUCAUACCUGG